UCCUGUCCCGCAGCGUCCCGCAGCGUCCCGCAGCGUCCCGUCCACGGGCUCCUCGCACCGUCCUGGCGCUCGAGGAGCUCUCCAGUGCUUCCAGCGCAGCCAUGGCUCAGCACUUCUCCCUGGCCGCCUGCGACGUGGUCGGCUUCGACCUGGACCACACUCUGUGUCGCUACAACCUGCCCGAGAGCGCCGUGCUCAUUUAUAAUAGCUUUGCUCAGUUCCUGGUCAAGGAGAAAGGGUAUGACAAGGAAUUGCUAACUGUGACUCCAGAGGAUUGGGAUUUCUGUUGCAAGGGCUUGGCAUUGGAUCUAGAAGAUGGGAACUUCAUUAAACUUGCAGAUAAUGGCACUGUGCUCAGGGCAAGCCAUGGCACAAAGAUGAUGGCUCCCGAGGCACUGGCGGAGGAGUAUGGCAGGAAGGAGUGGAAGCACUUCAUGUCUGACGCGGGAAUGGCUUGCCGAUCAGGAAAAUAUUAUUUUUAUGAUAACUACUUUGACCUGCCAGGAGCGCUUCUAUGUGCCAGAGUGGUGGACUCUCUAACAAAGCAGAACAACGGUCAAAAAACAUUUGAUUUUUGGAAGGAUAUAGUUGCUGGUAUACAACACAAUUAUAAAAUGUCAGCUUUUAAGGAAAACUGUGGAAUAUAUUUUCCAGAAAUAAAAAGAGAUCCAGGCAGAUAUUUACACACUUGUCCUGAAUCUGUAAAAAAGUGGCUCCAACAGCUCAAGAAUGCUGGGAAAAUUCUCUUGUUAAUUACAAGUUCUCACAGUGAUUACUGUCGGCUUCUCUGUGAAUAUAUUCUUGGGAACGAUUUUACAGAUCUUUUUGACAUUGUGAUUACAAAUGCAUUGAAGCCUGGUUUCUUCUCCCAUUUACCAAGUCAGAGACCUUUCUGGACACUUGAAAAUGAUGAGGAGCAGGAAGCACUGCCAUCUCUUGAUAAACCUGGCUGGUACUCUCAAGGGAACGCUGUCCACCUUUAUGAACUUCUGAAGAAAAUGACUGGCAAAAAUGACCCCAAGGUCGUUUACUUUGGUGACAGCAUGCAUUCAGACAUUUUCCCAGCCCGUCAUUAUAGUAAUUGGGAGACAGUUCUCAUCCUGGAAGAGCUCAGAGGGGACAGAGACUGGAAGCCUGAAGAAUCAGAGCCUCUAGAGAAGAAAGGAAAAUAUGAGGGAUCAAAGGCAAAGCCUCUAAAUACAUUAUCUAAAAAGUGGGGCUCUUUUUUUAUUGAUUCAGUUUCGGGACUGGAAAGUACAGAAGACUCAUUGGUUUAUACAUGGUCUUGUAAGAGAAUCAGUACUUACAGCACUAUUGCAAUUCCAAGUAUUGAGGCAAUAGCAGAAUUACCCCUGGACUACAAAUUUUCAAGGUUUUCUUCAAGCAAUUCAAAAACAGCUGGCUACUAUCCAAACCCUCCAUUGAUCUUAUCAAAUAAUGAGACACUGACAAGCAAAUAAACUGUCUUUACUGGAAAAUGAAGUGAAGAACUAUAUAUGCAGCAAGUCUACUGUAAAAAUGUUAUCUUUCAAAAAAUACUAUAAAAUGCUUUAUAGGAACAAAUUCUUAAUGAUAACUGACCAAGAAAUUGAUGUUUUUUCCAUAGGUCUCCUUUCUGUAUAGACCAUCUUUAUGCCCAACAACUCUCAUUAUGUUAAAAUCUCAGUAUCUUAGAACUGAAAAGAACCUUAAUAUUUUCUAUACCAAUAGUUCUGAGAUUAGGAUUCAUCUGUGGAUUAGGAAUCACCUGUGUAAUAUAUACAUAUAUUCACACACACACACACACACACACACACACACACACACACACACAAUUUACACAUAUGCCUAGACCAGUGGUUCUCAAAGUAUAAUCCCCAAACCACUAACACAGCAUCACCUGAGAAUCUGAUAGAAAUACAAAUUUGCAGUCCCCACGCAAGGCCUGCAGAAUCAGAAAUGCUGGGGAUGCAACCCAGCACCCUGUGUUUUAAUAUUAGUGGAUUCAUAUACUAAAGUUCAAGAAUCACUAGCUAUACCAUAACCUCCAGAGAUUGGUUUAAUUGGUCUGGAAAUAUAGAUGAGCAUUGAUAUCUUUUACCUGCCCUGGGAAAAGUGCAGCCAGAAUUGAGAAUAACUGAUCUCUAUCUGUUCCUUCCACUUAAAACCAAAAAUACUGAGUCUAGUGAGAAUAGACUAUCCAAGCUAUCAGGUUUGAUGCUAUUCUUAAGUUUUCCAAAACAAGGAGCUAAAGAGGAUUUCUUGUGAUACCACACAGCCAGUAUGGGACAGAAAUGAGAAGAGAAGCCAACUAUUUCAACCUCUAAUGUUACUCAUAAGCGUUCCCCCCCCAAUAAUGUUAAAGGCUAUAUAAUUAAUUUUCAUUCACCUUAACAUAUAUAUUCUCAAUGGGACAAAAAUUCGUUCUUGGGGUGAAAAACAUAUUAGAUAGUGCAAUGAAUUGUGCCCCUCCAAAGCUCAACCCUACCCAGUAAAUCUUACUCUUUAGCAUUAAUUUCUCUCAUUAGGGAAAAACAGAAUUUAAAGUUAAAUUUAUUAAUUAAAUUUAAUUUGGUUGAAUUUAAUUUUUCUCGGGGGGUAGUAAUGAAAAAAAGAUUGAGAAAAAUGCAUUAAGAGGUCUCAUAGUUAUAUUACAAUCCAGGAUUAUUGUGUUCCAUGUGCUUUGUAUAGUCCUCUAAUAGUAGCUACUUGUGGCAAGAUGUCUGGAGCCAGAUGUUUACAAUUAAAUUCCUGGCUACUCUUUAUAAUUUCGCUCUGUCCAUCAUGGACAGUGUCAGAAAACACAAUGGUCACUAUCAUUAUUUUACCUGGAUUGUAGCAGAGAAGUUAACAUAUUGAUGCAUGCAAUGAAAAGAUAAAUAUUUCAUUAAAUUUUUAAAUGCUCAAAUAAUCCCAAAUGUAUUCUGGGAAUGAGUAUCUCAGGCUGGGUAAACAGUUACUGAAAUUUUUUCCUCAAUGUCAGUAGCUCUGUUUGAUAUCUACUAAUAAGUAUAUGGUAAUGUAUUUAAAAUUGAUUUCCAAAAUCUUAUUGGAAUAUAACGAACACACAAUCAUCUUAGGGCUAAAUGAAAGAUGCUGUCUCACGUAUACAAAUAGAUACUUAAUUUCUUUAAAAAUAAAGCUAUUUUUCCUUAUGUG